ACGUACGCCAUCGUCAUUUCAUUUAGUGGUAUUCAUCAAGCACAUCAUGUUGUAUCAUCCAUUCCUACCAAAUAAGCGGAAAAUCGACUUUGUAUUAUUUUGUGUGUGAUAAAAACUGCCGAUUAUCAAGGUCGAUUUUGGGAAGCGGCUAGUUCAACGCAGAGCUGUUUUAAAACGCCCGCGUGCAAUGGGUUACGUUAAAAAUUCAUUGCUCUUUAUGUUAGUAAUAUGUGCUUGCCACGGACAACUCGUCGACAGGGUGUUCCCGACGUUAGCGGCAUCUACCCGAGAACUAACCAAUAUACUAACAGGGCAACCCCUAAUCGCAGCAGUUGCUAAAGCUGCCGGCGAUAUUUUCGCGGGCACACUCAAUAACUUCAGCAGAAUUCCAGUCGCCGUAGCACGGACGAUUGGCUAUCACGGAUCACCAAGUAUCAUAAACGAGAGAAAUUUAUUUGGCCCAUCCUCUGAUCGUAUACUCACAGAGUACAAAGCGGGCCUGGGAAACGAGGAUACGAUACUUAGUAUCGGAGAACUCAUCGUAAAAUAUGGAUAUCCUCUCGAAGAGCACGAUGUAGUCACCGAAGAUGGCUAUAUUUUAAAGAUGUUCCGGAUACCGAGGAACGGAUCUGUCGUACUACUAAUGCAUGGAUUGUUCGGAGGCGCUGAUGAUUACGUGAUUGCGGGACCAAAAAGCGGUUUGGCUUACCUUCUAGCUAACGACGGGUACGACGUGUGGUUGGGGAAUGCCAGAGGAAACAAGCACUCGCGGCGACACGUCAGCCUUCAACCCUCCGAGGCGGUAUUCUGGGAUUUUUCGUGGCACGAAAUCGGCAGCUACGACUUACCGGCUAUGAUCGACUACAGUCUCGGAAAGACCAAUAAAAACUCAUUAUAUUACAUUGGCCAUUCGCAGGGCACGACCACCUUCUUUGUUAUGGCUUCUCAAAGACCGGAGUAUAAUCAAAAAGUGGCUCUCAUGAUUGCAUUGUCUCCGAACGCUUACAUGACCGAAGUGAAAUCACCCUUUGUUCGUCUGUUUGCUCCUGGAACGCCUCUCAUUCACGCGGUAUUGAAGAUCUUCGGUGUUUAUGAGUUUCCAUCGGAUAAUAUACUGUUGCGUAUUCUUCGAACUCUGGUGUGUGGGCUGGGUCCGUUGUCGGAGUUGUUGUGCAGCAACGUAUUGAUGCUAUCAGUGGGUAUUGGCUUUGCUGAAAUGAAUGCAACAAAUCUACCAGUGAUUUACAGCCACGAGCCGUCCGGUGCGGCGGUCAAGCAGGUGGCUCAUUACGGCCAGGAGUUCGUGUCAGGAGAGUUCCAGCAAUACGACUACGGUGCAGAGAUGAAUUUAAAGAAGUAUGGCCAAGAGGUGCCACCGAGUUAUCCCCUGGAGAAAAUCACGGCUCCGGUAUCCUUGUUUUACAGCGACAGCGAUUGGAUGGCUCACCCUGAUGAUGUUGACAAGUUGUACAACAGAUUGCCCAAUUGUAUAGAUAUUUAUAAAAUACCAAGGAAGCAAUUCAAUCAUUUGGACUUCAUAUGGGCGAAACAUUUUAAAAGUAUCAUCUAUAAUAGAGUACGGAAAUUGUUAAGGGCAUUCUCUACAAAUUAACUAUGAAUUUAUAUUUGUCAUAGCAAUCAUAUUUUAUUUGCAUUUUCAAAAUAAAGUGUAUACUUCAUUAUCGUAA